AUGGAUGAAAAUCCUGAGGAGGAGUAUAAGUUUAUCAAGAAUCAAUUAAUGAAAGAUCUACGGUUUGACCCUAUAAUAUUACGCCAUGAUUUUUACUCGAUUCGUCAAAAGCAAAAUGAAAGAUACACAUCUGGACUAUCACGGUUAAGAAACACGUUAGAUUACUACUUCAAGGGUAGGGAAGUAAAAACCCUGGCUGAUGCAAUCGAUUUAAUAUGCGCCGACCGUUUGAAAGGGAAAACUAACCACAACAUAUAUGCCACAAAAUAUUUCACCUGUGAGAAGAGUGGUCAUGUAGCCCGUUAUUGUAGGAACUCUAAGUUUAAGGCACGGCAGAAACAAGUAAAGGAAUAUACAGUUCUAUGCGGAGAAGGAGAUGAAAGCAGUAAUCAAGUCGAUAUUCAUGCCCCAGCUUUAUAUUUGGCGGACAGCCAUUCAUUAACCCGUUUAACGAUUGGCGAAGAAUCUGGAAGCUAUGAAAAAUUAGAAAAUAUAAAAUUUGAUUGGUUGACUUCGUUGACAUUUGAUCCAGUCACAUAUUCUCUUUAUUAUUCUGAUCAUCCUAUGCCUGAAAACUUUAUUGAUAGUAACUCUGCCAUGCAACGUUCAUUUGCGAAUGGAAAUAAAGCAAGUUAUGUCGAUAAAUUUUUAAGUACAAAUGACGAUGGCAUUGUUGAUGUCAUUGGACUUAUACACCUUGAGACAUUGACUAGACGCAUCUUCUAUUCGGAAUGCAAUGUUGGCGAUUUCUCGUCACACUCAAAUAACAAGCUUGUUUCUUGUGACCUGUCAGGCAAGCAUUGUGUCAACUCUUUGGAGUCAUCUGAAAUUUAUAAAAGUGACAUAGGAUGUGUUACUAAAAUCACUAUCGACGAUGAAAGAGGGAAAUUAAUUUGGCUUGAAUCUGCGAACAGAAAAAUUUUCAUUGGUGAUAUGGAGAGUUAUGAUGAUGAAAAUUACGAAGACUCAAAUAGCGAUUACAGCGAAGAUCGUGAGGCUGCUAAUUCUAGAAAAAAAAAAUUUUGGACGGGAAAAGUAAAAGUCGUUAAUGUCAUCAGACAUGCUCACCACCCAAUCGAUCUUGCAUACUUUCGCAACCAACUAAUAUGGAUAAACGCAAAUUUUGAGUAUGCUUCAGUGGUAGACAUGGACUUUCCUAAUGUCAUCAAGAGCAUUCCGCUUGAAAAAAAUGUUACAUAUGUUGCUAUAGUUUCUGCUGAUCGUGAAAUUUUUAACCAAGAACUUAAAAUUCGGCUGCAGCAACAUUCUAAGCAUUGUUAUGCCAUCAACAACUUGAGAAGAAAGAUGAUUGCAAAAAGUUUAUAA